UGUUCACUCAGCUUUGAGUGAUUUGCCGGACGAGACAACCCACCAAUUGUUGCUGUUCUCUCUCUCUAGUCUCUACUCACACAAAAAGCCACACACUCAAACACACACACACACACACUUUAACAGAGAGAGAGAGAUAUUACACACACGCUUUAACAGAGAGAGAGAGAGAGAGAGAGAGAGAUAUUAUGGGAUAUAUUUAGUUUGGUCCCUAGUGAAGCUGAGUAGUGACUUUGAUCAAACACAUGAUGAUGUCUCCAAAUCUCCUGAUUUCAACCCAUACUGCUUCUGCUGCUGCUUCUGCUUCUGCUACUACUUCUGUUUCUGUUUCUCCUUCUCCUUCAGAUCUUCUCCAUUUUAUUGGUUUCUGAACUGAGUGCUGACCUGGGAGGGCUCUGAGCAUCACGUCAUCAUACUGCCAUUAGUGUUUGCAUAAUUUCUUCUGGGGUUUCUUAAAGAAGCUUGAUGGGUUCCAGAAUCCCAUCUCAUCAGCUCAGCAAUGGCCUUUAUGUAUCAGGGAGGCCAGAGCAGCCCAAGGAAAGGACUCCAACUAUGAGCUCUGUGGCUGUGCCCUAUACUGGAGGAGAUAUCAAGAAAUCAGGAGAACUGGGGAAAAUGUUUGAUAUUCCUGUGGAUGGCUCUAAAUCUAAGAAAUCUGGACCUAUAACUGGUGCUCCGUCAAGGACUGGAUCUUUUGGAGGUGCUGGUACACAUUCAGGACCAAUUAUGCCUAAUGCUGCAGCACGGGCUGUCUAUACCACUUCAGGUCCUGUAUCUUCUGGAGGCAUGUCUGGUUCAACUUCAUUAAAGAAAUCAAAUUCUGGACCACUAAAUAAGCAUGGUGAGCCCUUGAAGAAAUCAUCUGGUCCUCAAUCUGGUGGAGUAACACCAACAGGCCGCCAAAACUCUGGGCCUCUUCCCCCUAAUCUCCCAACAACAGGUCUCAUUACAUCUGGGCCCAUUUCUUCAGGCCCUUUAAAUUCUUCUGGGGCCCCUCGGAAGGUAUCUGGUCCUAUGGAUUCUAUGGGAUCAAUGAAACUACAAGGUUCCGCUGUUGUUCACAAUCAGGCUGUGACUAUUCUUACUCAAGAUGAUGAGUUUUCCUUUAAGAGGAACAUUCCAAAGUCAGUAUUAUGGUUGCUAAUUCUACUAUUCGUGAUGGGGUUCAUUGCUGGAGGAUUUAUUCUUGGAGCAGUCCACAAUGCCAUUCUCCUCAUUGUGGUUGUGGCUCUUUUCGCUUUAGUUGCUGGAUUAUUCAUUUGGAACACUUUUUGGGGGAGAAGAGCUAUCAUUGGUUACAUUGCUCGUUAUCCUGAUUCAGAGCUUAGAACUGCGAAGAAUGGGCAAUAUGUGAAGGUCUCUGGGGUGGUCACCUGUGGUAAUGUGCCUCUUGAGUCAUCUUUCCAAAAGAUUCCUAGAUGUGUAUAUACAUCAACAAGUUUAUAUGAGUAUCGAGGAUGGGAUUCAAAAGCUGCCAACCCUUCACAUCGUCAUUUUACUUGGGGGCUCAGAUCGUUAGAAAGGCGUGUGGUUGAUUUCUACAUCUCCGAUUUCCAAUCUGGGUUGAGAGCCUUGGUAAAGACUGGCUGUGGAGCAAAGGUGACUCCUUAUGUUGAUGACUCAAUUGUCAUUGACGUUAAUCCACAAACUGAAGAAUUGUCCCCCGAGUUCAUCAGGUGGUUGGGAGAGAGGAACCUCUCCAGUGAUGAACGCAUAAUGCGGUUGAAAGAAGGGUAUAUCAAAGAGGGAAGCACGGUUAGUGUAAUGGGAGUUGUUCAGAGAAAUGAAAAUGUGCUUAUGAUUGUCCCUCCAACAGAGCCAAUAACAACAGGAUGCCAAUGGACCAAAUGCAUUUUGUCUGCUAGCCUCGACGGUAUUGUUUUAAGGUGUGAAGACGCAUCAAAGAAUGAUGUCAUACCAGUUUAGCAGUAUGUGAGCUGUAAACUUCUUCAGCUAAUUUUCUUAGGAAGCAUUCUCUCUCCCUCUCUCUCUUUAUUAAUAUCAGUGGUGCUGGUGGUGGGAGUAACAAGUGAUGGAGAUUGUAAUAGUUUAAGGUAGGGUUGUGGUGAUUUAUUCCUUUAACAUGGUGUAUAGUUUUCCAGGCUUUCAUUCUAUUUUAUUUUUCUUCUAGGGUUGGAAGCUUUUUUUUUUUUUUUAAUUAUUGGGGGUGGCUUGAUGCAAUGGGAAUUUUACUUGUUUUGAGCAGAUUGGGUUUAUGUUGGAUAGAAGGAAAAUGUUAUGAGCAUAUUGUCUCUAUACAGAAAAUUGUAUCAAUCUGGCUUAUUGAUGUAUUAUUUUUAUCCCACUAAUGACCAGUCAUAAUUUGACUGUCUUAUUAUAUAUAUGGCAUCAUUUGGUUUUAA